CGCAACAAGUUCACGGAGUGACCUCGACAGUCGAUAGCCGUCAGAACAUACAGCGUGUCAGCGUCUUGAUACAUGCCGACAUAACCGGAACCUUUCUCACAAAAUAAUGUCGCCACUGCGAUGGGGUAUAUGUACGGGAGGGGAAAUAUCACACGACUUUGUUUCGAGUUUACAAGGUCACUCCGACAACCAUCCCGUCGUCGCUAUCGCAACUCGGUCAUUGGAAAGAUCGCAGAAGUUUGCGUCUAAAUUCAAGAUUCCAACAGCCUAUGGUAGCUAUGAAGAGCUCGCUCAGGAUCCAAAUAUAGAUAUAAUCUACAUCGGUGCUAUUAACACUGAACAUCCAAGGCUUUGUAAGCUAUUCCUUACACAUAAGAAGAAUGUAUUGUGUGAAAAACCCCUUGCACUCACUCUAAAAGAAACCCAAGAUGUCCUGAAGAUUGCUAAAGAAAGCGGUGUCUUCUUCAUGGAAGCCGUGUGGACCCGUUUUUUCCCAGUCAGUGCAAAGAUCCGGGAACUCGUUGCAUCCGGGCAACUUGGUGACGUCAAAUCAAUGCUAAUCAAUUUUGGACUUGACCUGCCUGAUAGAGAAAGAACUGUGAAAAGAGAAAUGGGUGGGGGCGCCCUCUAUGACAUGGGGAUCUACAUGGUACAACUGACGACCAUGGUCUUUGGGGUAGGACCGACUUCAACAAACACUCACGGAUUCCUCAAUGAAAACGGUGUAGAUGAGAUGUAUACGACAGUUAUGAAGUUCCCGAACAACGCCAUGGCAACACUUUCAUGCACAUACAAGGCUGAUUAUCCUAAUGAAGCAAUUAUUAUAGGAACCAAAGGCCGUCUCCGAAUUCCGGGACAUUUCUGGGCUCCAACUGAGCUGAUAUGGUCAAAGCCCAGUGGAGAGCUCAUCGAAACGUUUCAGUAUCCUACGCCAGAAUCUUCGGCGGAAUAUUCAUUGGGCCCAUUGUGGUCUGGUAUGCUUUAUGAAGCAGAUGCAGUAAAACAAGCUAUCGAAGAAGGUAAAAAGGAGCACACCCUCGUAAGUUGGAAGGAGACUGAGUUGAUUGCUACUUUGAUGGAGCAAGCCCGUCGAGAUCUGGGUAUCGUCUGGGUUCAUGAAGGCCACUAAAUAAUUGCUUUUCUUGCUUGAAAAAUGAGAAAAAAGUUGCAUGUGAUUAUAGAUAUCUAGGCGUAUGUAAGGGUGUGGUAGGGGUGGGGCAAAGGGACUCUUAUUCAUCUGUUUACUUUAAAGAACUUAAAAUAUGUUCAACUUGAGAAUGACACUCAUGAUUGGAUAUUGUUUGAUUUUUUUUCUAUUUCAAUGUAAGAAUCAAGAAAUAUUUGCAAUGGAGCCCAUUUCAGUGACAUUUACGAAAUAUCAGUUCUUUCAGGAAGUCCUAAAUUAAAAAGAAAAUCACUUGCAAGAUUUUGAAUGAGAACAAAACACAAUUCGUAAAAAAAAAUAUUCAAUA